AUGGCUUCCAUAUUUCUUAUUACCAGAUUCUGUGUCUUGUUGUGCAUUAGUGCAUGGGCAUCAUCUGAAAGCAGUUUGCAAACCUAUAUCAUUCAUGUCGAAGAGCCCAACGCCAGUUUACUCGACGACUUACCGGCCUACUACGAAUCAUUCCUCCCCGUGGCGGACACAUUGAGCUCGGAGGCCCCACUGUCGCGCAUCAUUUACUCCUAUCACCACGUCCUCACCGGCUUCGCUGCCAGGCUGUCGCAACACGAGGUCGAAGCAAUUAAAAAGAUGGACGGCUUCAUAUUUGCGUGGCCUGACAGAAACCUAUCCCUCCAGACCACUCAUUCCCCCGAAUUCCUUGGCCUGAGUAUCCCAAACACGGGCCUGUGGGAACGGGCUAGUUAUGGCAAAGGCGUCGUCAUUGGAGUGCUCGACUCCGGGGUAAAGCCUGACCACCCCUCGUUCAAUGACAAUGGAAUGCCGCCCCCACCUUCCAAAUGGAGGGUAACGUGUGAGUUCGACCAACCCUACAGCUGCAACAAUAAGAUCAUCGGAGCGCGUGAUUUCAGUGUACUAGACACAAAUGAAACCCGCAACCCACUUGACAUGGGUGGCCACGGCACUCACACCGCCAGCACGGCAGCCGGCAACUUUGUGGAGGGAGCAAACUUUUUUGGCAGCACGGGCGGCACAGCCGCCGGCGCCGCUCCACAUGCCCACCUGGCCAUAUACAAAGUGUGCAAAUAUGACUGCCCGGUCACCAGCAUUGUUGCUGGCAUGGACGCUGCUGUGGAGGAUGGAGUUGACGUGCUCUCCAUUUCUAUUGGCUCUCCAGCACCAGUUCAAUUCUACGAGGACCCAAUGUUGUAUGCUUCUUUCAGAGUGAUGGAGCGUGGUAUCGUUCUCAGCUUCUCGGCGGGAAACGAGGGACCUGAGUACUAUAAUGUAAUUAAUGGGAUGCCAUGGGCUCUCACUGUUGGCGCGAGUACUAUGGACAGGCAGUUGAGGGCAGCUGUGGUGUUGCGAAACAAAACGAGCAGGUUCUUCAACGGUGAGGGGGCCUACCAACCAAAGGAUUUCAGGAAGGAAUUUCUGCCGCUUGUUUAUAUCAAAGACUGCACAAGUGAUGAUUCAUUGAAGAGAAGCAAGGUGAAAGGGAAGAUAGUUGUGUGUGACUAUCCAAUUCCUGACAUAGCAACUGCAGCUGCGAUUAAAAGACUUGGCGGUGCUGCUAUGAUCUUGGUUAACUGGAAGGAUUUGGAGAGCACUACAACGGCAGUAGGUAACUCCCUCCCAUCUGCAAACAUCAAUUAUGCAGAUGGUCUGGAGGUUAAAAGAUAUAUAAACUCGACGGCGAAACCCAAGGCCAAGAUAUUAUUUCAAGGAACCUUGUUUGGAUACGAAGCACCUGUGGUUGCUGCCAUUUCUUCUAGAGGACCCAACAUUGCAAGUCUUGGGAUUUUGAAGCCGGAUAUUUUAGGCCCAGGUGUAAAUAUCCUGGCGGCGUGGCCGACCUCUCGUGAAAACAGAAUGAAUGUGAAAUCCACAUUCAAUAUGUUGUCUGGUACCUCUCACUCAUGCCCACACCUCAGUGGAGUGGCAGCUCUGCUCAAGAGCACACAUCCUGAUUGGUCGCCCGCUGCAAUCAAGUCGGCCAUCAUGACUACAGCAGAUGUUGUGAAUCGUGCAGGGAAGCCCAUCGAGGACGCAGAUUCUCACGAAGCCGACAUCUUUGCAACCGGUUCAGGCCAAGUGAACCCACAGGCGGCAAAUGAUCCAGGGCUCGUGUACGACAUCAAACCCAAAGAUUACAUCCCUUACUUGUGCGGUUUGAACUACACAAACGCACAAGUCGGUCUGUUUUGGAAGCACAACAAGGUGGAUUGCUCGAGGGUGAGAAGCAUACCUGAAGCCCAGCUAAACUAUCCGUCGUUUGUACUUAAUUUCACGGGUGGUGAGCCGGUUUCUCAAAAGUAUACUAGGACGGUAACAAAUGUCGGCCUCCCUAAAUCGACUUACAGAGUGACUGUUGUCCCCCCAGUUGGCAUCAAAGUUCUUGUCGAGCCCGAGACUCUCAAUUUCUCGAGGCUGAACGAGAAAAGGCAGUAUCAGGUGACGUUUACACGGCUCGCUGCACCCAACAAGCCAUUUGUUCAAGGCUUUCUAAUAUGGUCUUAUUGUAAGUACACUGUUAGGAGCCCUAUUGCAGCUAUACUGCAAGGGCCGCAAUCAUGGAACUGA